GCGGAAAAGUACAUCGGAGAUAAGAUUGGGAAAAGCCUGAAGGUCCAGCAAUUCGAGCAACUAGACAGGAGCUGCUGAGCAGUUUGCAGUGUUUACGUCCUCAAAUGCUGACAACUUCUGCGAGAGGGCGUGGGGCAGAGGUGUACAGUUUGUUCAGGAUGAACUUCACCUGCCUGAGCAAACGUGUGUGAGGGAUGUUUCAGCCGAUAGCAGCAGCCAGGGAUCAUGUGCGACUUGCUGACAUAUUAAAAUCUACCGAGGAAGGAAUAAGGAAGGAGAUCACAUAGCCUACUCUGGGCAGGGAAACCUUUGGCGAAAAGAAAAGGGAGCUGCAGUUGUCGGGUAGCCAGCCAGGUGACUUGAAGGUCACUGGAGGUGGAGGAAAGAGAGAGAGAGAGAGAAAUAUAUCAUAACACCUGACGAGCAGAGGAGUCCGGGGCCAGUGCCAGCGGGCAGCUGUCGGACGCGAGAGGCUUGUUCACUCGCAGGGUCCUGCUGCCAGGAACAGGAGCUGCGACGGGGUUCUGUACGCUCACACACCAUGGCUGAGAAAAGUGAGAAGGUGCCCUCGAAAAAGGCAGGCCUUCGAGCAGCAGUGGUCCUGAUAGGGUUACUGCACAGAUCCCGAAAGGAAAAGGACAGACGGAAACAAGAGAUGGCAAAUGGGUCAAAUACGAGCGUGCUCGAGCCACACUUAUCACCACCACACACUGCUCCGCCAUCCACACGGUCUGCAGAAUUCUUUGAAAUGCUGGAUAAGAUGCAGACUAUAAAAUUUGAUGAGCAGAAGGACAAGAGCAACAGGCAGAAGGAUGAUUACAUCCCCUAUCCUAGUAUCGAUGAGGUCAUCGAGAAAGAAGGACCAUAUCAGUCCAUUAUCCUCCCCCAGUUUGGAGGCUACUGGAUUGAGGGAAUGGAGAAUGUCACUACCCCAACGUCAUCCGAGAGUAGUUUUUGUGAAGAGGACGCCGUGGAGAACCUGAGUCCCAGCACCUUUGGGUACAAGCUGGAAUGCAACAGUACCGCCAGAGCCUACAGGAAGCAUUUCCUCAAUAAGGAGCAUUUGAAUUUUUAUACUUCAUGCAGUGUUAUUGGAAGUCUGGUGAUUUCAGUCAAAUAUGAAGACACUGAUGGGCAAGAGUAUUUGAGGAUCAUACUCAGAUCCAAAUCGAAAACAAUUCAUGAGCAGCUCCCACUUGAUGGAGUAUCACGACUUCCCAGUAUUCCACUGAUAGCAAAGCUUCUCUGUGAUGACCUGACCUGUGUGAAAUUCUCCCCUGUACUAUAUCCUAAGGCAUCCAAGUUCAUAGUUGCAUAUGAUGAACAUGAGAUCAAUAACAACUUCAAGUUUGGCGUCAUUUAUCAGAAGGUCAGACAGACGACAGAAGCGGAAUUAUUUGGCAACAGUGAAGAAAGCCCUGUUUUUAAGGAAUUCUUGAAUUUACUCGGAAACACAAUUGUGCUCAAGGAUUUUAAAGGUUUCCGAGGAGGUCUAGAUGUUGCCCAUGGUCAAACAGGCUCGGAGUCCGUCUACACCGUCUUCAAAGAUAGAGAGAUCAUGUUCCAUGUUUCUACAAAGCUGCCAUUUACAGAAGGGGACUCUCAGCAGCUGCAAAGAAAACGGCACAUCGGGAAUGACAUUGUGGCAAUCGUAUUCCAAGAGGAAAAUACACCAUUUGUUCCAGAUAUGAUUGCUUCCAAUUUCCUUCAUGCAUACAUUGUGGUGCAGGUGGAGACUUCUUGUGCAGAUAGAACUACUUAUAAGGUUUCUGUCACUGCUCGAGAGGGUGUUCGUCAAUUUGGGCCCCUAUUGCCAAGCCCACCUGUAUUUAAAAAGGGCCCUGAAUUCAGAGAGUUUCUACUCACAAAGCUCAUCAACGCAGAAACGGCUUGUUACAAGUCUGAGAAGUUUGCAAAGCUGGAGAACCGUACACGAGCAGCACUGUUGGACAACCUGCACGAAGAACUCCACAGUCAGACACAGGCAAUGUUGGGACUGGGCUCUGAUGAAGAGAAAAUGGAAAAUGGUGGCCAUGGAGGAUUCCUGGAGUCUUUCAAGAGGGCUCUCCGUGUUCGCAGCCACUCAAUGGAGACCAUGGUAUCAGGUCACAAGAAGCAUCACAGCGGAGGGUUGCCAGGCAGCCAGAGUGGUGGGAUCUCGCACAACGUGGUAGACAUCAUCAAGCACCCUCCCAAUCAAGCAAAGCUUCUGAAGAGCCCAGUGAAAAGGAGAUCAGCUCUCUUCCCUCGAACCCAUACAAGUUCAGACAGUCAGUUGGAUGGGAGACCACGCUGCGAAAGUCUCUCGAGUUUGUCGAAGACACCUGAAAGUAGUCAGAUCUCAUCGGACGUCAGAUGGGAAACGUCGUCCAAUCCAAGCUCUCCUGAAAUGGGUCCCAACAAAGACAGGACCUAUAGCAAACUCAAGGAGAACGGCAAGGGCAACAUCUCCCGUUCUUCAUCGAGCACAAGUAGUUUCAGCAGCACGGCUGGAGACAAUGAAGCUUUGGAGGACUAUGAGUCCAGCACAGGUAAUCAGCCAUCCAUAGCAUCUCCUUUCCGACAAGACGUCUUUGUCUAUGGCAGUGAAAACCAAAGCAGCCCAAAUCAAAUAGGCUUGUGCAAGAGCCCCACAGAUACAGCCAAGUGUAAAACUUCUCCAAGAACUACUUUGAAAUUCAGAUUUGAUAAACUCCAUUACAGCUCAAAUCCACAGGGUCACUAACAGAGUCAGUGCCCCCCACCCCCGACAUUUUGCACUUGUAAGUGAACAUCAUUUCAGGGAUAAUCCAUUGACAGUAAAGGCGCCCUUCAUUCUCUCCAACAUCUAGUGGAAACUUGCAUUCGCCGCAAACAUAGCUACAGCUGGUUCACAUUGAGCUGCAUCCCGUCCUUUCUGCAAGUGAAGCACACCCUCCCGUGCCCUGGGAGGCUGGAAAUUGCCAGGAAACUCUGUCCUAUAUCUGCUGUUACUGGGGUUCAGGUAGUCCACUCCAGCUUCACAGUAAACCUAUUUAGGACCCACUUGGUGAUGUGUAAUUGUAAUGGUUUAAGCAGUCUGAUGUGUGUACGAGGCAACACCGUAUGGAUAACCUUCAAUGUCCCCUACCUGUCCUUCCCUUGUGUGGUUCUGCAGCCUUCUGAAAUGUAGCUUCCUUUGGCCACUUGACCAUUGGAGAUACUGUUUUAAAAGUCAUAAGCAUGCUUCUUUACAACUUGCAAUGGGAUGUACCUGGGAUGGAUAUUGAAGGAGCUCCGACAUAUCCUAAAAACAGACCUCCUUGAGGCCUCCAAGCCCAUCAGGAAAACAUUUGGGGUAAUGUAACUGCCUCCUGUCUGAGGACAGAGAGCAGCAAAACUAGGAGACUACAGCGAUGUCAAUCUUCAAACACGUCCUCCCUCGUCUAGUCAUCCUGAGGCAGUGGGGCGGCCGUACCUGAAUCCCUGCUGAUGUUGCUUUGCACAGUAAUUGUAACAGAGCCUAAACUUUGCGUUGUAACCUGUUAUUCACCAUGUUUACACUGCCAAUUAACAAAACUGUCCAUUGUGUCCUGCUAGGUUUGUCGUACGUAUAUCUGAUGUUACAUUUAAAUGUUAAAUAUGUGCAAAGUUACAAAAAAUCUGCCUUUCCCGGUACUGGGCAAAUGUAUCACUGAAGGAUUACAGUAAAAUGUGUUCAACAAGAUUAUAAUUCAUUUUAGUUUGUUCCCUGAACAAUGUGAAAGCUUCAAGUAUUUUCCUUUCCAGUUUUAUUUUAUCUCCUUUUCUUGGUCAAUGUGGUCCUUGGGUUUUGAAAGUCAGACGGUGGGCACCAGAUCUGUUCCCAGAUUGCCACUUCUAGCUGAGCACUGGAUGGUAAGAAAUGAUUUCUCACCUGUUGCACAGUUUGGGAACUGAAGUGAAUCUGACCUGAGCUGCCCUCCACCCCAUUUCUGUGGCACCAAGGCCAUGUGCUCCUGAACCCCAACAAUUACUAGAGCUAACCCCAAGGCUGCCACAUACAAGUGCCCUAACCCAUGGUGCCACCCUGACCCAAGAACCACUACUAUAUGUGAGAGAUCCAAACUCUACCAUGCCCACCCCAUCUAGUAAUUUUUAAUAGUCUUGUCCCCGUUCUGUUUCCCUUUCUGAAGGUGAACAUCACAAAACAGUGUCUGUUGUACAGAAGUAAACCUCAAUUCUUAAUUUAAAGCCUGCUUGAGAUUCAAGAAUAUUGCAGUUUGGUGCAGACAUUCUCCUCUAGCCCUGGGAGAGCUGCCAACUAUUCCCUGGUUCUCUCUUGUUGUUCCAAGCCUACUUUAUUUAGUAUUGAAAUUGGCACGAGAAACAGAACUCCUUUAUUUUGUAAAAGCCCUCAAUGCCUGGCCUCACAUUGGUACUCUCCUGUUGGAUAGUGUUUGAUACACUCCGCACUUUGAUGUGGAAUGAUGUUUUCCACUUUCAGAAAUGUGACACCACUCAGAAAAUGAUUGGUCAGUGAGUAUUGUAUCUUCAAGUUGAAUUUUUAAUUAAUUAAUAGUUACAGUGAAAUUGUCAAACACCAUUUAGUAGAGAGAGCUUUUUUAAAAAAAAAUGCCAUGUUUGCUGCCCAAAUCAGCCCAGGGGUGACCGAGAGAACCUUUCUGCUGUUAAGAUUUUGACAAUAAUUGCCAUGUUUUUAUUUGUCGCUAUCAAGGGCCAAAACCUGUGGAUAAAUGUGUACAGUUCUCACCAGCUGAUUUGGAGUGUUUUUAUUGUGAGGAUUAAGUCAUAACCUCUGUAUAGACUGAGUAUCAGCUAAUUCAGACAACAUAGUAUAAAAAUUGCAUGUUGGAAUUUGUGUCAACGUUAAAAGAAUGCGAGAUUACAAAACUGUAAGAGGGCUGCCUGGGUGCCCUGCCACGAUGAGCAUUUGAAUCCUUUAGGGAUUGGAUCACACUGGGUCUACUAUCUUACAGAUCUGAAUGUGAAGUAAUCUGGACCAAAGAUUUGACAAUUAUCUCUGACUCACCCCACUCACUUCCCUCUAACUCAUCCUCACUUUUUUUCUGUUUUCUUUAUCUCCUAUGUCUCCUUUGCUCUCUCUCCCUCACUUGCUAAUUCCUAGUUACUCUUGUCUUUCUACUUCCUGUUAAAUCUCUAACUCGAGCCUUUCUGUUAGGUUUCCACAUGUAUUGUCGCCCAUCUAAACUUCUCGUUGUGUUGUCUCCUUUCAUUCUCAUCAACUUAUUUAUACUUUCUCUCUCCUUCUUGCUCCUUUGUCUCUCUUUCUCUCUCUCAUUCAAGUGGAUUUCCAUUCUAUCUGUUUCCUUAAUGUCUCCCCACUCACUCACUGCUCUCUUUUCUACUCAUUUUAACUCCAUACUCGUCCCUUCUGUCUAUUCCUCUCACAAGCCUGUCACAAAUGAAAUGUGCUUGACCAGUUAUUAUCCAGUCUAUCACUGAAGUCUGCACCGUGUAAAAACUCUUCACCCUAGAAGAAAAAGGCAGGGACAGAAUCUGGCAAGAUCUUCUCUGUGGAAUUCUAAAAUAUUUCCCAAGCAUUUUAAUACACAUUUUGUAUUCUUGGCCUUAUUUCAGAACUGGAACGAUUAUUUUUAACAUCACAUCCACAGGAGACAACUGAUGAUUCUGUCAUAUGUUGGCCCUCUGUAAGAUACAUCUCAUUGAAUUGACUAUAAAUCACCCAUGAUUUUAGAGGCAGCAGAUUUAGGAGCCUACCUGAUGCCCAGCGACUGUCUAAUCACUGGUUUAAUGAAAGUCAUUUUGUAUGGUGCAAAAUCAAAAUCAAGUCUUCUGUAUUCUUAUGUGAGGUCACUAAAAUCUGAAAAGAAUUUGCAAGACUUCGCGUGUAAUCAACCACAGUAUCCUCAGGUGUUGGAAUUUAAAGUUGUACUCCCCACUUCUUGCAUCUUGGAAAACUUCUUGCCCUAGUGUGGUGACAGGUAGAGGUUAGAUCCUGGUUCCCCACACUUUCCUGUACAGUCUCUCGCCCCCUGCAUGGGCACCCAAGAGGGAUUCACCUCAUUACGCAUGAAUGUAUUUUCUUUCAGACAUUACAAAAAUAUCAAACUGUCCACAAAGGAAUGAUAAACAGAGAAAUAGAAACACAAGAAUCUACCUUAUAUAAUGAACAAGCUGCACCUUAAUAUCUCAGGUAUUAUCACAGCCUAUAACCAGACAUCAGUUCUGCCAUCUUGAUUUUCUGAGUAUGACUUUCACCAUUGUCAGAUUGAGCAAAAUGGCUGACAGGUUUAUGGAAAAUAUUUAUUAAGUAUUCAAGUCUGGAUAAAUCUUACUAUGUCUUUUAGAUAAACCAUAAAAUUCAGCUUAAUUUGUAAUUCUGUUUGUUUAAAAUGCUCAAAGGAUAGAGGGAAUGAAACAUUCAGUGAGCCUCUAACUGGUGGGCACUUUCCCCAUAGUCAUGAGUUUGAAACUUCACACACUGUUAGAGCAACGAGAAUAUUCAUUGUUGGGAGACAUGUUCUUGCUGAUGCUGCAGAGUGGUGAAAAUCACACAGGAUUUCUGUCACUCAGUGAGAUUAGCUCAAGGAACGAGCUGGUCAGCCAGGCUUUUUGCCCUCCUGAGCCCUGGGCUGAGCUAAGUUGCAGGUCAAAGGGAGAUGGAUUGGACAGGCUCUGUAAGGGAACCCUGAUUGCAGAGACCUGGCGCAUUGGCAUAUCUGAUAUUGUCAAACUCUGGCGGGCUGUACAUCUGUACCAGACUGUCACCAAGUUGUCAAACACAUCAGCCAUCUCACUGGCUGAAGCAUUUUUCCUUGCCCCUUUGGGACCUGCUAGUAGAAGUCUCCUUGGGGUCUAUUUUGUUGGCCAUUUCUCUGAAUAUUUUCGCUAACAUUUGGCGUUCUUUUGCCUUUGUGACGGUGCCAUUAAAAGCACAAUCCUCAUUGCAGUUGAUGGCAUCACUUAACACCAAUAGACACAACCUAAUGCUAAUGUGUCUGUAAUGUGAUUUUUCUUCCAACCCACUGUCACACAUACAUAUAAACAUGCCCCAGUAGGUGUAAUCUUUGAAAUGCAAGAGGUUCCUGGAGCUACAGUCCUGCCAACAUGUAUUGAUCAAACACAGAAUGCAGAAGAUUUGAAAUUUGAAACAGUGGAAUCGAGACCUACAAUUGAGGCCUUUAUGAGGUGAACUGAAGUGAAUGGUUAGGAUUAUGUGUGUGGAACUGUUAAUGAGAUGUGACAGAGCUUUAUGAAGCUGCCUGAUCUAUCCACGGAUGUAAAUAUUGUAUAAUUAAUUUAUUGCUACCUUGGCAAAUUUCUUUUGUUGUGAUGUAAAAACUGGAGGAUAUCAAAAAUCCAUGUUUGUAUAUUUUGCCCAUGUUUCCGUGUGAUGCUACAGAUAAUAAAUGUAUUUUGUGUCAGAA